AUGAUGUAUAGUUCAGGAACAAUAGAUGAUAAAAAUACUAUUAAAACGCAACAACCACAAUUCCAAAAAGUUAAAGACGAAGCUAAAGAAUGGACCAAAACGAAAUUUUUAAAUUUUUUAAAUAGUUUUGUGUUAAAGAAAAAUAAUAAUAGUAAUAAUAAUGAUAAUGGCAAUAAUGAUAGUAAUAGCAAUAAUAAAAAACAAGAUAUUUAUUAUUAUACACAGGUCGAAAAAAUGAUUAAAAAUGAAAAAUCAAGCUUAUAUAUAGAUUUUACACAUAUAGAGUCAUUUGAUAAAGAUUUAUCAAAAGCAUUAUUAUUUGAAUAUUUUAGAUUAGAACCAUCAUUAAAACAAAGUUUAUCAAUUUUUAUUCAAGAUCAUUUUCCAAAAUUUAUGAGUAAAAUUAAUAAAGAAAAACUUAUAUUGUCAAUUUGUUGUUUUAAUGUUUUAAAUUUUGUUCAUAUUAGAGAAUUAAGAUCAAGUAGAAUUGGUUCAUUAUGUUCAAUUUCAGGUACAGUUACAAGAACAUCAGAAGUUAGACCAGAAUUAGUUAUUGGGUCAUUUAUUUGUAAAGAUUGUAAUACAUCAUCACAGCCAAUACCACAGCAAUUUAAAUAUACAGAGCCAACUAAAUGUUUAAAUCCUCUAUGUUCAAAUACCAGACGUUGGAAAAUUAAUAUGGAAGAAUCAACAUUCACUGAUUGGCAAAAGGUUAGGGUUCAAGAGAAUAAUAGCGAAAUUCCAGGUGGCAGUAUACCACGUUCAUUAGAGAUUAUUUUAAGAGGUGAUUCGGUUGAAACUGCUCGUGCUGGUGAUACUUGUACAUUUGUUGGAACUGUGAAUGUAAUUCCUGACGUAUCGAAAAUGGCCAUUGGUACCAAUGCAACCAUUGUCAAAGGUGUAUCAGCUCCUUCUUCGGAUAAAGGGGGUAAGGAUGAUUUUGGUGGUGUCAGUGGUUUAAAGGAUCUUGGUAUUCGUGAAAUGAACUAUAGAGUUUGUUUCUUUUCGCAGUCUGUAAGAUCUAAUGUUUCAAAAUCCAAUUCAAUCAAUAAAAAAGAUUCACCUGAAGAUCAUAUCAAAAGUAGCUCAAACGAUGAAGAUGACGAAGAAUUGGAGUCUAAAGAAUCAUUUUUAGAAUCAUUACCAGAAAAAGAAAGAGUCGCAUUAACCAAGAUGUUAAAACCAACCAAAAUUUAUGAAAAGUUAGUGCAUUCCAUUUGUCCCUCUAUUUUUGGUAAUGAAGAAAUUAAACGUGGUGUAUUAUUAAUGCUAUUUGGUGGUGUGCAUAAAAAAACACCUGAAAAAAUUAGACUUCGUGGCGAUAUCAAUGUGUGUAUUGUAGGUGAUCCAUCAACUUCAAAAAGUACCUUUUUAAAAUAUUUAAAUACAUUUUUACCAAGAACUGUCUACACAUCCGGUAAAGCAUCAUCUGCUGCUGGUUUAACCGCUACCGUCGUAAAAGAUUCAGAUAGUGGUGAUUUUAAUAUUGAGGCUGGUGCUUUAAUGUUGGCUGAUAAUGGUAUUUGCUGCAUUGACGAAUUUGACAAAAUGGAACCAUCAGAUCAAGUUGCAAUUCACGAAGCUAUGGAACAACAAACUAUUUCAAUCUCUAAAGCUGGUAUUCAUGCAACAUUAAAUGCUAGAACAAGUAUUUUAGCCGCUGCUAACCCAAUUGGCGGUCGUUAUGAUAAAACUAAAAUCUUAAAGCACAACUUAAAUAUUGGUGGCCCAUUAAUGAGUAGAUUCGAUUUAUUCUUUGUUGUAGUCGAUGAACCAAACCCAGAAUCUGAUAAAAGAAUUGCUCAACACAUUGUAUCUAUUCAUCAAAAGAAAGAAAAGGCUUUUCAUUCACCAUUCUCUGCCACCGAAAUUAAAAACUAUAUAAAGUAUGCUAAAUUUAUUCUACCUGUCAUUCCACCAGAAAAUUACCAUCUCUUUGAAAUUUAUUAUGAUAGAUUAAGACAAAUGGAGGUACAAGGCGGUAGAUCAACAUCCUAUCGUAUUACAGUAAGACAGUUAGAGUCAUUGGUUAGACUAUCAGAAUCAUUAGCAAGAUUACAUUUGGAUACAGUGGUUAAAAAAAUAUAUAUAGACGAAGCUUUUAGACUUUUACAAAAAUCAAUUAUUCAUAUUGAAACAACCGAUGUAGUUUUAGGUGAAGAAGAGGAAGAGUUAACCAUUAAACAAAACAAUAACAAUAGCAACAGCAAUAAUCAAGACGAAAAUAAUGAUAAUAAUUUAAUUAAAAUGGAUUUCGCCAAAUAUUCACAAUUAAGUAAACUAUUGGUUUUAGCUAUAAGACAACUAAAAAAAGAAUCUGGUAUCAAACAAAUCGAUCUUGUUGAUUGGUAUCUUAAUGACCAAAUAGAAUCAAAUAAUAUAACAAAAGAAGAAAUGGAUACUGAAAGAAUAACAAUUAGUAAAGUAAUUAGCCGUAUGAUAUAUACAGAUAAUAUUUUAUUGAUUUUAACACCCAAUGACGACCAUGAUCAUAGAGUUUUAAUUAUUCACCCAAAUCACACCGAUUAA